AUGCAGGCGGAGCGGGGAGCUCGGGGCGGCCGCGGGCGGCGGCCCGGCCGCGAACGGCCAGGCGGAGAUCGCCACAGCGAGCGGGCUGGAGCCGCAGCGGCAGUGGCGAGAGGCGGCGGCGGCGGCGGGGACGGAGGCGGCCGCAGGGGUCGCGGCAGGGGCUUCCGCGGCGGCCGAGGAGGAGGUGCCCCGAGAGGCGGCCGCCGGGACCGGGGAGGCCGGGGCGCCGGGGCCAGCGCGCCGGUUGAAGAUGACAGCGAUGCAGAGACCUAUGGAGAAGAGAAUGAUGAACAGGGAAAUUAUUCUAAAAGAAAGAUCGUCUCUAACUGGGAUCGAUAUCAAGAUAUUGAAAAAGAGGUCAAUAACGAAAGCGGAGGAUCACAGAGGGGAACAGAUUUCAGUGUCCUCCUUAGCUCUGCAGGGGAUUCCUUCUCCCAGUUCCGGUUUGCUGAGGAGAAAGAAUGGGAUGGUGAAGCAUCAUGUCCAAAACAGAAUUCAGCAUUUUACGUGGAUAGUGAGUCAUUGGUUCGAGCCCUUCAAGAACUGCCUCUGUCACUGCGACUGAACGUUGCUGCUGAGUUGGUUCAGGCCACAGUUCCUUUGGAGCUUCCUCAAGUGAAACCAAAGAGAAGUGAUGAUGGCAAGGGACUAGGGAUGCAGCUGAAGGGGCCCAUCUCUGAGCUGAAAUCUGCCGGCUGCCCCGAGUCCCUGGGCAAAGACAGCCUGAGACUGGGUCCUGCAAGGGGCUCUCAGAAACCCGCUUCCCUGGUGCAGUCAGCAGCAGACCACCUGGAAGAAGAACUAGAUCUGUUGCUUAAUUUAGAUGUGCCCAUAAAAGAGGGAGAUAACAUCUUACCAGAUCAGAACUCUCAGGACCCGAAAUCUGAGAAAGAUGGGGAGGUAGCCCAAGAGGAAAAAGUUGCUGCAAAACCGUCUGUGACUGAAGAAAAGAACGUGGAACCUGAGCAACCAAGUACAUCAAAAAAUGUUACUGAAGAAGAGCUGGAAGACUGGUUGGACAGCAUGAUUUCUUGAAAAAAAGUGCCUGUAGCAAAUUUUGGUUGCCUUCUGAGUAAGGGUGGGCAUAGGCUUCCCUUCUGGAACAGCUAGUUUACAGGCACGCCCCAAGCCAGUGUGUUCCAUUACGCUUGCAGCAGUAAAUGCCUACCCCUGUGCUUGACAACAUCUGAAAUGAGACAUCAAAGAGGCUUGUUGCAUUUG